GAUAAACCUAGUCCAUGGGCUUGGCUUAAUAAUAACCAUUAUUCGUAGCAAGUCAGUGUGCCUCCGUAGACAGUUCCAUCCCGUCCUUCUCUCUCUGAGAGUAGGUACUCCUUCACUAUGUGCUCACUGCCACUACGUGGAAAAUAUAUUUGCCAUCAGCUCGGGAACAUAACCAUACACUGGAGAAUUUCGCACGGUGCAGUAAAUUAUGGCCAAAAUGUUUUGAAAAGAUUCGCCGCUGCGAAUAGCCACGAAUGCUGACAUACGUCGUGCACGGCAAUGACAACGUCCAAUUCACGGCAGCCGCAGCUAGCCUGAACCAGGACCUCGAUGUCAUUGGUCGAUGAAUAUUUUGCACCAAGAACGCACAUGUAUCCCCGAUGCCACGCUCAAAAUUUCAGGGCUAUGUCGGCGUCCAGGACCAAUUGGAUAUGAUUGUGGCAUAUGUAUGAGAUGCAUAUCACAACUCGGCGAUGCAAAUGCAGGCCACGAUCUCUCCAUGCUGCAGUCGCUUCCGAAACCCUUCACAGAAAGGGACUCACUGAGACGCGACUCUGCGUAUGAAGGCCAGUGUGUGCAAUCAUUACGACAGUUAGCCUUCAAUUUUAGUUACCGGUCUCCGGGAAUGUAUCGAUUCUCACGUCCGGCAUCCCCUCGUGUUUGCCUUCGGAUCCUCCUUACAAAGAAGGUCAUAUGCGCAGGAGAGUCAGAGAGUGUCCUCUCGGAGAUACCCAGUAUACGGCCUAGCUCGCUGAGAGCCCUGAAGAUAACAUACACUUGAUAUCUGAGAUCCUACCGAUUCCUACAUAGAGACUUCAAGCCUUCAGUCUUAUAUC